CUUCGUUUUUUUCGGGACGGAUUGCGGCCGCUUCCUGUGCAGAAUCUUUUUUCUUGCGACCCGGAAUCGGAAAAAGUUUUAGGCCGGGGGGCUUGGACGCGUUGUUGGCACCACCAUCUUGCGAGCGAUCCCACGCGCUGGUCAGCGUGUUGGCAAGCAAAGGGCAAAAAGAAGAAAAAAGUCACGACGGUUCUGGAGUACCGUGACCAAGGACUGGUUCGCCCAAAGGUACUGAUCGUGGUCCCGUUUCGCAGCGCGGCUAUGAAGAUUGUCGACACGAACCAGCGCCUCUUCACCGGGGACGAUCCCAAGCUUGUGACUAACUACAAACGCUUCCAGUCCGAGUACGGCGGCGAAACGCUGGCCUUCCCGAAGGUCAACCCCAAGCCGGAGGACUACUAGCGGACAUUCGCGGGAAGCACCGACGACAACUUCCGGAUCGGCAUCUCGUUCAGCAAAAGUUCGAUGAAGCUGUACACAAAGUACUACAAUUCGGACUUGAUUCUUGCCUCUCCGCUGGGACUCCGGAUGACCAUCGGCGCCGAGGGCGAAUCCGAGCGGGACUUUGACUUCCUCUCAUCCAUCGAACUCCUUAUCCUAAACCAAGCGGAGAUCCGUCUCGCCCAGAACUGGGACCACGUGCUGCACCUGAUGGACCACCUUCACCUGCAACCCCAAUCAACCGAACACACCGACUUCUCCCACGUCCGCUACAAGUGCCUCAACGGAUGGUCUCGCUUCUACCGACAAACCCUCCUCCUUUCCUCCCACGACCUGCCCGAAUUCCGCUCCAUCUUCAACAACAAAUGCGCCAACUACCACGGCAAGGCCCGCGUCGCCAACCCCGUCAAAACCGGCUCAAUCCGGCACGCCAUCGUCCCCCUUCUCCAAACCUUCCGCCACAUCGAGGUGCCCUCCCUCGAGGCGUCCUACGACGCCAAGUUCGCCCACUUCACCACCGUCCUCCUGCCCCAGCUCCGCUCCGUCACGAUGGCCCGCACCCUCAUCAUCCCGUCCUACUUCAACUACGUCCGGCUACCAACUGCCUCAGUAACAUUGUCCUGGUCGAUCCAGUCACAACCCUCGACGCCAAUGGCAACGAGCGCCAACGCCUUACCCUUGAACGCCAUGUGCUCUAGGAAGUGCGCGACGCCAUCCGGCAUCGACCCACAGCAGAACGGUGGCAGUCUGCGAGCCGGAAUCCUCACUGACCACACGCAGUCCACUAUCCAGCUGGGUCACCCCUUUGACUCAUUGACCAGCGCAGCCCGGAAGUCAGCCUCAUUCGACGAUGCUGGGCAGGUACUGGGAGCCGCGACCGUUCACCAGCAGGCUGCCUGA